AUGUCUCAAGGUGUGGUAAAUGAACUAAAGAGGUUAGUCAACACGUAUAGGUCGACCGAUUACCUAAACUGGUGGGUGGGGCUAGAGUUUGGUGGCGAGCCCGCGCAGUGGAGAUGGGUUAGCGACGAAGAGUUCAACUCUAAACUAACUGAUUGGGCUCCGGCACAACCAGGAGCACCGGCAGACUGUGCUAUGUUCGACUACCAGGGGUAUCUCAUUGAAGAAGACUGUGAAUUGCAGCACCCGUUCAUCUGUGAACAAAACCGUACAGAUGGUAACGGAACAGAAUCCACUUCCGAUGAACCAGAAAUCUCAACAGUGCGCACCGGGCAGCCGAGUACUCAGCAUACGACACCCGAUGUCGGUCCCAACCAGACGACGCGUAACCACACGGAUGAACCGACGGAACUUCCGGAUGUCAGCAACCAGACUAGCGGUACACCGCGACCCGACGGCGACACCAGCAGCACACAGGAUCCUGGCGUUUCGACUACAGGCCAACCGGAUGUGACGGAUCCAGCUAAUCAGGGGACGACUACCGAUGGUGAAGGAGGCUCAGGCUCAGAGUCGACGCCUAAACCGGAUGUUCCUAGUGGUGGAACCCGACGAUCGAAUAACGUGACCGGAAAUCCGAAUCCUACAAACAGACCGACGCAAAACCCGAACAUCACAACGGAUAACUCUAGUCAACCCACUGAUCGCACAGACAACCCAGAUGUACCGACAGACAGGACGCAGAAUCCAAAUAGGCCAACAGACAGGACCCCAAAUCCAAACAAGCCGACGGACCGACCACCGAACACCAACAAGCCUACCAGCAAAACCAGCCCGCCAACGCCGACGACACCGUCUGCAGAGAGAGAAAGAGAAAUUGAAUUGGAAAAGUUUAAGGACUGUUACGCUGUGAACUACGAGAGCACGUGCCCGCCUGUGCAGGCUUUCGGGAUCUCGUGGCCGCGCUCCAGCCCUGGACAAGUGCAGGUUCAGUGUGAACACGGAAAUGCAAUGUGGCACUGUUCUAGGAACCCUGUUGUGUGCUGGCGAAGAGAGCCCAAUGUUCAACAGUGUACUUCCCCGGCUGUCCAGAAUCUUACCAGACAGAGUGAGGCGUUUCUGGAGGACCCUGAUAAUGCGGAGGCGGCACUAGCGUUCACCGGAAGUUUGGCGGCCGCGGGCGAAACCCCGGCCAUGUCGGAGCAGGAUCUCUACCAGACAACCGUCCUCUUGGAGACGGCCGGUCGCGCCAAGCCUAACAACGCCUCACAGGCCAAAACCAUCAUAAAGGACGUCCUAAAGUGUGGAAGCGGUCUUGUCGCCAAUGACAAGAAGAGCACAUGGGCGGGAAUGGAGCCGGCGUCACAACGGAUCGUUGCUGCCUCCCUCAUGCGUUCCGUCGAGAACGUGACGUUGGCGAUGGCGGAAACGUUCACGGAACCCGGGGUUCAGACGAUUGAGGACGAGAACAUAGCCGCUGAAGUGCACGUGUUAUCAAUGGCGAACACGCUUCCAGGGGAGGGAAAUGUGAAGUUUCAACGGGAAGACAACUCUUUCUACAUUCCUGAGGAAAAUUUAUUAGCUCAUAGCUCAGGCGGCGUUUCGCGGGCGGUAUUCCUUGAAUAUCGAACAUUUGGCGGUCUGUUGGAACCCGAGCAGUCAGCGGAUGUGACGUCAGAGCGUCGUGUAGCCAGCCGCGUGUUGAGCGCUACCCUCGGAGGAACGGAGGGCCAGGUGCAGCUAACAGAGCCGGUUAUAAUAGCCUUUAAAACGGAAAAGGUGGACGGGGUUGAGCGAUACCAACACAAAUGUUCGUUCUGGAACUAUAGCCUUGGUUUCUCGGGCUCCUGGUCCCAGAAGGGCUGUGCCCUGGACAAAACUAACGAUACCCACACUUUGUGUCGCUGUGACCACCUCACCAGUUUCGCCGUUCUCAUGGACAUCCAUAAAACAGAGAUCAAGGGUGUACAUGCGGUGGUCCUGUCAUACAUCACCUACGCCGGGAUCAUCAUCUCUGCCGUCUGCUGUUUCUUCAGCUGGCUCACUUUUAUUUGCCUCAGCUGCCGCUGCAUUAAGGGACAUCGUAGCAGCGCCGACGAGCGGGUUAACAGUGGCGGUAGUAACUAUGCAGGCUCCGCCUCUCGGUCUGUUCAUGGGGAGCGGAACUCAAUCCACAAACAUCUCGUGUUCACGAUCUUCGUGGCGGAAAUCCUCUUCCUUGCCGGUAUACAGAGGACGGAUGAUAAGAUCGCGUGUGCGGUGAUCGCGGGCGUGCUGCACUUCUUCUUCACAUCAAGCUUCUUCUGGAUGUUUCUAGAGGGUAUCCACAUCCUCUUCAUGCUCGUCCAGGUGUUUGAUGCCGCCAGAUCAAGGGUCAAAUACUACUACCUCGUUGGAUAUGGAUUCCCACUUUUGAUUGUUGGAAUAUCUGCUCUUGUUUAUCAUGAUGGAUAUGGAACUGAGAAAUAUUGCUGGUUGACUUCAGACAGAAUGUUUUUAUGGAGCUUCGCUGGUCCCGUAGCAUUUAUAUUACUGGUGAACCUGUUGAUAUUGAUAUACGCCAUGACAGCGGUGUGUAAACAUUCAGAGUAUGUUUUCACGAAGGACAAGUCCCCGACAGGAAACAUAAGGGCAUGGAUCCAAGGAGCCCUGGCACUUGAAGUGCUGCUGGGCCUCACGUGGGUGUUUGGCUUUUUCUACAUCAGCGAGGAGGCCCUUCCAUUCGCAUACCUCUUCACCAUUUUCAACUCCCUCCAGGGCCUCUUCAUUUUCGUAUUUCACUGUGUCCUCAAUAAAAAGAUCCGCAAGGAGUACGAACGGUUUAUCGACUAUCAGCGGCGGCCGUCAUCCAGCGGCACUCACUCCUCCAAGGCGAACGCUUCCGGUCACUCCAAUGGCCUCCAGCUCCACCGUCGCUCAGAGCCGGGUUUCUAUGACCUCUCUAAGACCGCCAACGGCACGGACCGCCGAACAUCCACUGAUGCGUGAGAAUCCGGCUCGUGAUAUCACGAGGACCAAACUACAUGAUGCUUAUACUCGCAACGUGCGUGAUAAUGACACGUGUUAUAUGUUGGUGAAAAUCAGGCAUGUAUGCAUUUGCGCUAUAACACAUCAUGUGUGUCUCGUGCACUAACUGUGUCCGUGGAUUAAAAGUGACAGCACGAUUAAUUCGGAGAUACGAGGAUCCAGAUGAGUUCCAAGCCUCGGACAAAUUAGUCUAAAAACGAAAUAGUCCACUGAACAUUUGUACGAAACUUUAUAUAUAGGCCAAGCCUAUUAGCGUGUAUUAUUUAAUAGACUGGAACUUAGUACCGGUGUCUCUCUAUUUAAUGUGGUUGUACAAAUUUGUGUGGACCAAACCUCGGAAUACCAAGAAAGCACUGCUUCACUAGUGAAGGGGCAAGGUGCUUAAAAAUAGCGUUAUGUAACGGAACAUUAUCAUCCCUCCUUUGGAUAAUAGCAGAGAGUUCCGAUUGCUAAUGUAGUACCGUUACAAAGCGCUGUUUUUAAAGCUACUCGCCUAAGGUCCCAUUUUCUCGAAAGUUCAUAAGCAUAAAAAAGCCUUAGUAGCUUAUUUCAUUAAACAAACUUUCUUUACCCAAAUAAAAAAGUAAUUUUUCGCGAUUUUUAUAAAUACAGUUUCCUUUUCAAGUUCAAAAAUCGUAAAGAAUAUAAAUAUUAAACAAACAUUACCUUAAGAAAAUAGUGAGCUUAGCUUUAUCUAGUUAUGUAGGACUUUAGAUGUUAAUUGGGGCCAGAUAUUAUUUUGUAUGUAGCAAUAUUUUGAAACUCAGAAGGCAUGUACUUGUGUUCAGUUAAGAAUAAGCCAUUGUUUUUUUUUAUUAUAUCUCGUUUUCAAUAGAUGCGCUGUUCGUUGUUGUGUAUUGUUCAAGGAGCUGGUGAAUUUCCAAAACAGCACAUUAUUUACUGUGACUGGGUGGUCUUUAGAUAGUAACUUUGCAGCAUAACGGUAUUCAUUUUAGGUUCCAAAAGUAUGCUAUAUAGCUAGUACAUUGUAUAUGUUCAUAGUUAGGAUUUCAGGUUAUAUCUAUAAAUAUUGAUCCGUUUUUGCAUAAUACUCACAGGAUAUUGUCUGUAAAUGUGUUUUUCACAAUUGAAUCAUUUACAUUAACUAUUGAAUAUAAGUUUAUAUAUUGUCGGUGCUUCUUAUUUGAUGUUUAUGUGCAUAUAUGUCCAACCCCCUUGCCUCAAAUGAUGUAUACGAAACCGCAUAUUUUACAGAUCAAUUUAAAACGAAACAAACCUAAUAUACAUCAAAACUCAUUCUUGUUCACUUAUGAAAUUGAAUAAAAAAGUAAUAUAAUUUAGGAUGGCAUUCUACCUGUUUUCGUACAAUUCACAGUGUAUUAUAAUAUAUUAAUAUGAAAUAAGCAAUAUGCUCCGCUUCAUAACAAAUACAAUCACGUCAUUGACUCAUUCGAAUGUUGAAUGUUAAAGAUCUGCGACCCUUUCGUGAAGAAUCCUGAGAGUGACUUUGUACCUAGGAGCAAUUUUGUACCCAGAAGAGAUUUUAAAUAUUGGAGUUAUUGUGAAUCUAGUUGGAAUGUUGCAACUCAGAGCGAUGCUGUCUCUUGAAAUAAUAAAGUUUACCAAAGAGCAAUUUUGUAUCUAGUAUCGAUUUUGUAAGCAGAAAACAUUCUUUCUGUGAAAAACUUUGCACCUAGAGGUGAUUUGCUAUUUAGAAAAGUUUUUUACAGUACGGUAAUCUUGUUAAAUGUCCCUUCUAAUAUACGAUAUAGCUCUAAGGUUUCUUCAGAACCUCAGAUAUAAUAUAUUUUAUACAGAAGUUGAACUCAUAUAAACUCUGUGAUAUCACUCAGUGUAAAGUCAUUUAAGCAUAUUUUUGUUUGAAACUGAUCUUUAAGUAUUUCCUUCUAUCUGUAUAAACAUGCUUCAAAUGCAAUAAAAUCUGUAAAGACAA